ACCGCAUCUGAGCUCCAGUGCAAAGACAUGGAAAGUGGAAAGUGAAGAUGUUUGUCAGGCCAGUAUGAGUCCAUAUUCAUCGAGGCACUCCUCUAGCUACUCAUGUGUGACCUAGCACACCGCUGCUUGGCAACAUCGGGAUCACGCACACAACACAGCUUUCUUCCACAUUGUGUGUGUGUGUGUGUUUGGAAUUACAUUAGGACAGAUAUAGUAUUCAGUCCAGAAGAUGUUCUUUUAUUUACAUUUGAGACCACCUCUUUUCAUUACUACUAUUUACACCCAUGAAUUAUGAUGGCUAUAUUAUAGCUCAUAGAAAUGGUAUGUACAAGCCUUGUUGCUGAGUACCUGAAGAAGAGAGUUGAUUAGAGAUUCUUUUUCAGAUCCCCCCCCUUUCACACCAUAUGAGAUCCUUGGUGUUCUCCUCCUGUUCCAAGGAUUUAUAGAAAUUAAGCAGAACAUCACUGUGCAUGUUUUAAAAUGUUCAACUGUGCAUUUUAUUGUAGUGACCAUUGUGGAGUUCGAAAGGUACUGAAAAUGGAGGAGUUUGUAGGUAAUAAAAUAGGGCAUGAAACAAAUCUUCGUACAGGAUGGCUGCUGCUCCGGGGCAAGCCUUGAUAUUACCAAGAAAGUAGGUAAAGGAAAGUGUUUGAAUUCUUUAUGCAGGCAAAGUUCUUUCCACAUUCUAAGGCUUUUUUUUUAAAUGUGUUCAGCAUUUUACUGUCUGCAUAGAAAAACACUAUUGUUUGGCAUAGUUGAAUAUUGUAUAUAAAAGCCUACAGUUGUGCUCAGUUCAGUACUGUCGUUAGUGAUUGUAGUGAUGCAGUAAUUUUGAAUUAUUUUUGAGUAAUUUUUGAAUUAUUAGUUCAGUUUUAGUGAUUGCAGCCUCUGAUGUAGUGUCACACUCGCCUACUAGUUUCAGUAACAGUUGCUGUGGAUUCAAGAAGGAAACUCCUUCAUGCAGCCAUGCACACAGCAGUUUCAUUUAAUGAAGGUACAGCCUGGCUUAUGUAAUGUCAGUGUAGAACGAGGCUGCCAGAAAUCACCAUGUUACGAAUACCUUAGAUCGCUUAUUUAUAAUUCAGAUGCUUUUGGGAAACUGGUCCCGGUCAGUGCUGGUAAGAGGAAAUCUGGAGAGGAAAAUGUUCUAAGAAUGUUUUGCUGGAAUGAAGAGCUAUCAUACACACUACCUCCCUUCUCCCAAACCCCACCACCACCACCAGUCUUGGGAUUUAGAGCGCUGAGAUGAAAAUACUUCAGAUUGUUGUGGUUGCGAUAAGUCAUGGGGUUUGUUUUUCUGGAAUGAUAACAAAACUCCAGAUGCUUUGCAUGUAAGUGAAAUAAAGGACUUGUUUUGUGUUCACAGUACAACACUCCAGGAAACAAACUUCCUGGAAGUGUGUGUCUGCAUGUGUGCGUGUGCGUGCGCGUGCAUACAUGUGUGUGCGUGUGUUUGCUUGCACAUACGUAUGUACAUGUGAGUGUCCAUGGUCACACACAGGUGUUUUGUGCCUUUAUUUCAUGCCAUUGUUAUGAUGUGUGUUUGUGUGUCUGCACUGAGUGCACUUGGGUGUUAUUGUUCUUUGUGUGUUUAUUUUAAAAGGCCUUUUGUAAAGACAUAAUGUCCCCUGAGUGAUAGGAAAACAUGACCUGUUUUUGUAAAAGUGAGGACAUUUGACUGAACCUCACAAGAACAGCUGCUCUUUUUUCCACAAAUGCAGCUUUUUUGCUUUUUUUUGUUUCUGAGGAUAAGGUCAGGGUUAGGUUAGUGUUAGUCAGUAUUACGUGAGUCAGUAGUAUUACCAACGUGUAUGUGUGCCCCCUUCCUCCCCCCCAAGUUUACUGGUCCUGGCGGUGAAGCUGCUUCUGGGAGGACCUGAUUACUACACACAGGAAGAAAAAGGAGGGAGAGGCUUCACCUCAGUUCUAUGUAACAACACUGCAGCCUUUGAUAAAGCUUCUCUCACCCUCAGUGCAGCAGACAUCACUCUUAACUCUGGCUUAACUUCUGCUGGAUGCUGAAAGGCAUGGAAGAAGCGGUGGUUUGUUCUGCGCAGCGGGAGGCUGACAGGAGAUCCGGACGUGCUGGAGUACUACAAGAAUGACCACGUGAAGAAGCCCAUCCGAGUGAUUGACCUGAACCUGUGCGAGCAGGUGGACGCCGGGCUCACCUUCAACAAGAAGGAGCUGGAGCACAGCUUCAUCUUCGACAUCAAGACCAUCGACCGAGUCUUCUACCUGGUGGCUGACACCGAGGAGGAGAUGAACAAGUGGGUUCGCUGCAUCUGCGACAUCUGUGGCUUCAAUCCCACCGACACAGACGACUCGGCAAAGGCGUCUCACCAGGCUGCUGUGAGUGCGGGUCUGGUGGUGGAUGUGCCCCCUCACGCUGGGAUGGUGGGGCCCUCAGUGCUGGCCAGUGUGCCUCCUCCGUACCAGCCUGUCAGUGUCAGACAUCUGGAAUCUUCCUCCAGCCUCGAUGACACCCAGGACUACCUGCUGCUGCUUCACUGCGAGAGCAAGAAACCAGAGGCCAGCAGUCCUGUGGCACUCUCUCAGAGGGGAGUGGAGCAGGAAUACCUGCUCUUGGAGGAAUGUGAAAGCAAGAGUGCUCCUCCUGACAGUCUGGCCCAUGGUGAGUGCUCAAAGUCUACCUCCUCCGAGCCCGACUGCAAUGACAACCUCCCAUCCCACCGCACACCCACCUCCUCCACGGGCAAGCAUUCUUCGGUUAACGGCUUCUUCUCUUCCCAGCAUGUUGGACUGUAUGACUCCCCUCCCUCGCGGGGGGCCAGUCUAUCUGCUGAUGCUCAGGGCCUGUACCACCUGCCCCGUAGCUACUCACAGGACACUGUGCUUCUGCCCAAGUCUGCAUCUUCACCCCCUGUACCUGACACGGAUCCGGGUGAGCUCUAUGUUUUUAACACGCCCGCCCGAAAGCCCUCCUUUGAAGCCCAGCUCAGGAACCUGUCCGUCAGCUACGAUAUCCCGCCCACACCUGGCAGCAACUGCACCUAUCAGGUACCUCGCACGGCAGGGGCAGAAGCUGUUGUCACGGCUUCAGACGUGGUGCCUCCUCCUCGCCCGCCUAAGCCCUCGCUGGGUGCAGCAGCAAUACCACCUGAUCGGUCGCCCACAGAUACGUACUGUGUGCCGAGGUCAGUGUCAGAGACGGACACUAACUACUGUGUGCCUUCUGGGGCAGGAGGGAACAAAGCUCUGAGGAGCAACACCAUCGGCACUGUGGAUUCUUCUCGCCUCCGAAAAGAUUAUGGAUCCUCUCAAGACUGCUAUGAUAUACCCAGAUCUUUCCCUUCAGACAGAAACUGCUCCUUUGAGUUCAAUGAAAAUUUCAACAACUAUUUUAAAAAUAAAGGUAUGCUACCUGUGGGGAGCGCCUCAACAGAGGACAUGGAUGAGAACUAUGUUCCUAUGAGUGCCAAUUCCCCAUCACACCACCGUUCAGGCAGCCUGUCCGAGCCAAUUCAGGAGCCCAACUAUGUGCCCAUGACUCCAGGCACAGUAGAGUUCCCCUCCCUUGGAAAGCAGGUGCCCCCACCUGCCCACAUGGGCUUUCGCUCAAGUCCCAAAACCCCCCCACGCAGACCUAUGCUCAUCACUGACUGCCAACCACCCCCAGUCGACCGUAACCUCAAACCCGAUCGCAAAGGUCAGAGUCCUAAAAUAAUCAGAGCUAAUCGGGCUGUCGGUCUUGAGCGAACCGACUCUCAAACCGUAGGUGAAUUCCGAGGACGUCGUAAGGCCAAACCAGCCCCUUUGGACAUCAAACCACUUCCUGAGUGUGAGGAGUUUAUUACACCAGUCCGUUCACCCGUCACCAGGUCCUUCACCAGGGAAAGCAGUAGUGUAAAGGUUGUCAUGGUGCUCAGCCCCUCCAGGUUCCCCAUGCCUCCCAGGCCGCCGUCGGUGCAUAGCACUGGCUCCAGCACCGACUCCGAGGACUGUGAUGAGAAUUAUGUCCCCAUGCAGGACACUAAGAAAUCUACAGAUGAACCAAAGCUGGGACCGCCCAUGAAUGCAGAUGGUGGUGGCAGUCCCAUGGUAAAGCCCAAAGGAGACAAGCAGGUGGAGUAUCUGGACUUGGACCUGGACCCUGGCAAAUCCACUCCUCCUCGUAAGAAGAAAAGCAACGGGGCUGGCGUGGCAGUGUCUGACGAGCGGGUGGACUAUGUAGUGGUGGACCAGCAGCGCACUCAGGCUCUGAAGAGCACCAGAGAGGCCUGGAGCGAUGGCCGCCAGUCCACUGAAAAUGACACUCCUUCCAAAGGGCCCAAGUGACCCAUUCGCACCCCGUUCCCUCUCCCUUGUCCUCCGGGAUCUGCACCAGGCUUGGGAUCGGAGUGCCCCAUGUGGAAGUGUGGAUACCACACCUCCAUCUCUUCCUUCAGCCCAGACCCCUAUGUUUGAUCUGGAUUAUACUGUGAGAGAGACCCCGGUUCAUCGGCUGGUUUACACUGCCACCUGGCUGAGGGAAAGGCAACUGCAUGGAGGAGAGUUGUCUUUGAAAGUGCCGUGUAUAAGCUGAGAGACGAUUACAGUUGGACAUAUUGUGCUGUGUCAGGGCUGAAGGAACUUCUAAACCUCGCUGGUUGAGAGCCCUGUGAAAACUAUGCUAACAUAGCAGCGAGAGACUUUCAUUUGUAUCAAGUGGACACUCGCUGCCUCCCCUAGUCAUUAGGAUUUUCCCCCCCUUUUUGGUAUUAAUUUUCAACCUGAGUUUUGUCACCACUCUUGUGUUCAUAUUGGGUCAUGGAGUGAUAUGUUAACUGGUUGUUUGACUGACAUCGCUGGGUUUACCACCUAACAACUCACACUUCUUUACACAUUUACAUAUUAGAUUUUGCAGAACUGCCAUGAUAGGGUCCUGAGAAUGCUCUGUAUCAGCAGGAUGCAUUCUGUUUUGUUAAUUUCCAAGAUAAUCUGAAACUUUGGUACAUCCUGGUUUCUUUUUUUAUUUCUGGUCUUAUGGUGGUUAUCACAUGUAAACCACUAGCGCAAUCACAAGGUUUCGAGUGAAACGGAGAGAGAAUUUUACCAAGAAUUUUAGCAAGUAAGAAUGCAAAACUCUGUAUAGUGUUAUGUAUAUUAAAGAAAGUGUCCUUUGUAUUGAAUAUCUGAGAUGUAAAGGCUUUGGUGUGACCUCUGCAGGAUGGAAGUCUGCACCCUCAGAGUAUCAGGAACUACGAAAUGAUCUAAGUGAUGAAAUCAGGAACUGUGAUAGCUAUUAAGAGUCAGUGAAGGCUCACUGUUUUUAUUUUUUUGUUUUUUCUUCAAUGCAAGGUAUCAAAACAAGACAAGUGCAGACGUCAGGUACUCACUGAAAUGAUUAACACAGCAGUUGCUUUGUAAUUUAUUUCUUUUUUUUCCUUCACCUACACACCAUGAAAUUUGGUCUUGCGAUUCAUGUUCUCAAUAGGGUUUUAACAGCUCAAGAUAAGUUAGGAUAAAUGUUUUCAGCUUUUUCGCUGUAUAUGAUGCCUUCUUGGAAGAAAAAAAGAAAAGAAAAGCCAGUCAGGUAGUUUUCAGGAGUUGUACAUUGAUUCUUCAUUCCUUUUGUGACUGGUCUUUUGAUAUAUUUUAUUGCCACUUUGAUAAUGAUAAUUUAUUUCAGAUGGACGUUUCAUAGUUUCUGGAGAUUAACUGCCUUAUCAUUACAACUUUUACUAUUUGAACGUUGUACAUAUGAUCAGCUGUGUAAUUGUAGCUAAAGUUAGAGACUAUAUAGACUUUCACUGCGUGCGUAAGAAAAAGCUUCACUAACUACCAACUUCUUAAGCCAAGGAGACACACAGACGUGUGUUGCAGCACCGUCAGUGGCUUUCGCUGUAUAGACCUGCACAAACUUUGAAGCCUGUUCUCUUUAUUCAGAUCUCUAAUUAUGCUCUCUCCUUUCUGUUUAGCCUUUUUCUUUACAAGAGCAUUCUGCAGCAAAGUAAACCUCAGAUUUUCGUGAUGCUUUAUAUCUUUUUUUAAUGAAUCAGAAAGAAAUGUACAUUUUAAAAUAAACUCAAUAAAAAAACUGACAUGCAUCUUA